CCUCAGUGAUUCAAUUGACGAUGCUUUGCUUUCUCUUCAGAUACCCUCAUUCAUCUCCACGACUGAAGCAUAUGGCAUGCAGCUCGACUCUGCGGAAUAUCCUCCCCGUACAGCAAACGAUUUUACAGCGCGCGCAGAAUUCUUGGCUCAUUUGAUGUCACUGCAGUCCACGGCACUGGCUGAGAAGGGGUUCAAUGUGUUCAUUCAUCCGUAGCAGACUCUUGCUUCAGAUGCGUUACGCGACGCGUUAGCUGGCAGUGCUCUACACACCGUGCGAAAUCCUUCCAACGCCCGCUUCGUCGAUUCUGAGAUUACAAGGCGCGCCUCGCACAUUGUCGCGGUCUUAUAUGCGGCGUCAAUAAGCGAUGAUACUGUCGACUUGCGAAUGCUUCCUUCGGUCCAAGCACUUCUUGUCUAUCAAUGCAUGCGACUGUUCUCGCCAGGCAGCAUCAGUCAGCAGGCGCAGGCGGAACGCGAUAACAUUGUUCUUCAGAUUUGGGCAUCGCGUUUACAAUUAUUGUUGGCUUGUGAAGACGAGCUCACGGAAGCGAGCUGGGAGUUUUGGGUUGAGAAAGAAGCCAUCCGUCGCACAUUAAUAUGCAUAGAGCUUGCGCAAGGCACCUACACGUAUCUUCGUGGAAACUGGCCCAUCGGUGUUCGAUGUCAUCACGACCUAAGGUUUAAUGCACAGAAGGCCCUUUGGGAAGCCAAGUCAGCUGCAGAAUGGCAUCUUGUGUCUGAGGAUUCCGCGCAUCCCUCGCUGCCAUGCAAUAUGCUUCGCUUACAUAAAGACAUUCGCGACGCAAUGCCUGGUGACUUGGAUGAUAUAGGGGUUCUAUUGCGCGCUGCGGGUGAAGGGCUUGCGAACAUGAAUACCUGGCUUCGUCACGAUAAAGAAGCCUUGCAGCGAUGGGGCCAGGUUGGUGUAUGACUCGUCUUCAGCAUAACAGCAGUACAUACAAGUUCUCGCUCUUGGGUGAUCUGCCACUACAAACCAUGUACACCAAUGCGAAGGAACUGGCCGUCCUUGUCAAGCCUAUCCCUAAUCGGUCCACUCUUCAACUCAUCGACAUCCCAAGCUGACCACACAAAUCGACCAUGCAAAAAAGCUGCUUCCCCCGACGCGCACCAUACAGCAAACGCGCCUGGAAGACUCACUACCAACCGUUAGGCAUGGGUAUAUUUCAAAGACGCCCCACAAAGCUUACCAUCGUCCCAAUUCAUCGUCGUUUCUGUCAUCCCUUUCUCUCGAGCUUGGUCUGUCAGGAUGGCACCUGGAUGGAAGCUUACGAUCUGAAUUUGAGAUGCAUCCUUCUCGUCUGCAAGUUUCUGGAGGAGAAGAGUCCCAGAUGCCUUGGUCAAUGAAUACGAUGAGAGAUUCUUUGGGCUACCGAAGUCAUGGAUGGCACCCGUUGAGACAUUGACUAUAUGGUACUACCAAAUGGACUGUUAGCAGCGUCUUCGAAGAGAAGGUUAGGUAUAUACUUUUCUUAUUCUUUGUACAUCUUGACGGUGCAAUCGAUCACAAAGCUGGUGUAGCGCCCGAGUGUUGACCACGAACUGCUCCCACGUCUUCUCCCAACCUUGACCUGACAACGUCCCUUCAACAUUGAGAGCAGCAUUGAGGACCAAGACAUCCACAUGAACACCAUUUGCACCCAAAUUGUCAAACAUCUGAUCAAUGCUUCUAGAGUCAGACAUCUGACAGACUACCGCCUCAAAUUUGGUGUCGCAAUCGCUAUGAUCAUGAGUGAGUCUUGCCAUCGCCUCGUCAAGCUUUUGGCGCGUUCUUCCAGUGAUGAUGAUCUUGUCUGCACCAGCCAAAGCAAAGUUGUUGGCGAUGGAGUAUCCGAUACCAGCAGAUCCGCCAGUGAUGAAAACAGUCUUCCCGGCUUGGGAAACUGAAGGCUGUGAAGGAUCUAUAGCACCAUACACCGAUGUAUGUAGUUUCUUUGUUAGCGGUACGGGUUUGUACAUAAAAGCGGAAGAUUCGGCGUUGUUUGGCAUGAUUGGGAAAGUCUUUGAAGAUGAAUGCAGAAGGUGAGGAGGCAUGCCAGACAACAGAUUUAAGACCAAGCGACGUCCAUUUUAUAAUGGUUCUCUAACUGUUCAUUUGGAGUAUUGUAUUAGGCGGGCAUCUUCCAUGUCAUUUGCGGACUAUUCUGGAUCAUGAUUGCGGAAAUCCGUUAUAGAGAGCGGCCUGUUGUGGAUCUGACGAUGGAGAGCCACAUUUGACCGCAGUCAUAAGGAUAAAAGGCGCGUUGUCGAGAAACGCCUCCUUUUGGUUUCUGGCAUAAUCUGAAUAGGAAAGCGUCCUCUGAAAGGGUCAAGCUCACAAUGGGUGGGUACCAGUAGGUAUCCUACAUGGACUGGUAAGGGUAGAUGGGUUUAUUACGAGCUAGCCAGGAUGCCGAGCGCACUGCGCAUGCAAGGGUCUGCGAAUGCUCCGAGCCCUUAAAUCAACUCUUGACUCGAGA